AUGUUAAUUUCUCUAAGAAACGACCACAAGGAACACCUGCAGCUGCUCACUGCUCAACCAGAACAAGUUGUUGCCGAUUUUUGCAAACUCGCUUCCGAUUUCUUAGAAAACGGUCCGACUGCAAAACUCUUCAGCACAGCAGCAUCGAAACUAGAUGUUACAGUAGACGUAAUUGAAAAUUGUAUUUACGGAUUAAUAAAUUUGCUUUUGAUAGCUUGCAAACACCAGUUAAGUGAAGCUGAUUUUAGGGACUCCGUCCUGACUCUAGGAUUUUCAGAGAACCAAGAAACGCUACUCAGUAAAUUUUAUGACACAAAAAAAUCACUAAUCCAUAAAAUAAACACAAAAGGUUUGACUGGACCGCACUACCACGAUUUACAAUGGAGAUUUGAAGUUCAACUUGCAUCUAGAUCAAUGCUUCAACAAGUUACCCCAUUGAUAACGAUGGAUUUGGCAUUGAAAACUGGCUCUGAAAUUAGUCAUCAAAUAUUGCAAACCGACCCAACAAAUCUUUUACAUUUAGCCAACGAAUUGGAACAUGCCCUAAACCAAUCUAGAAGUAGGCAUUCCAGAAAAGUACAAAGGGCUUUAGGAAAUUUACAAAUAUAA